AUGGGGGACGACGACGACGACGACGACGACGACGACGCGAGACUCGCGCCGGAGCCGGAGGUGGAGGACGUCGAGAGCGUCGGCCUCCUCGCGCCGGCGAAGCACGUCCACGCGUACGACCGCGUCGCCGACGUCCUCGCGAGAUGGCGCGAUGAGAUCGACGGCGAGAGGUUCGAUCGCGCGCCCGCGGGACUGCGCAACAGCGGCAACACGUGCUUCGCCGCGAGCGCGCUGCAGUGCCUCUACCACACUCGGCUGUUCACCGCGCACUUCGCGACGGAGACGCACGACGCGGAGAGCUGCGGCGCCGCGCGCGGCGGGACGUUCUGCGUGACGUGCGAGUACCAAGCGCACGUCCGGAAGGCGCUCGACGCGGACCCCGCGGACGCGUUCAGCAUCGGGAAGCUCACGUCCUCCAUCGGCAAGGUGGCGAAGCAUUUCGUCCGCGGCCGCCAAGAGGACUCGCACGAGUACAUUCGCGGUCUGCUCGACGCCAUGCACGUGCGGUGGCUGAAAGAGCACGCGGGCGAGGACGCGGAGAAGACGCUCGAUCAGCGCACGCAAGAGACGACGAUGACGUAUCACGUCUUCGGCGGAUACACGUGCGGGGAAGUCGUGUGCGGCGAUUGCGGGCACCACUCGAGAAACUACCAGAGCAUGAUCGACGUCCCGGUGGAGGUCAGCGCGCGCGGGGCGCCGUCGAUCGAGGCGAGCUUUAAGGCGAACUUCGUGGACGUGGAGACGUUGGACGGAAACAACAAGUACAAGUGCGGUCGCUGCGACGCGUACGUCAGGGCUACGAAAGGGAGCAAGAUUCACGUAUCCCCGAACGUUCUCGUCGUGCCGCUGAAACGGUUCCAAAUCGGGCGUUUCAGUAAAAUCACAAAAUGGGUCGAGUUUCCGGUGCAUCUUGACCUGUCGCCGUACAUGUCCUCGGACGCGCCGCUCGAGGGCGACGCGCCGCCGACGUACGCGCUCUACGGCGUCGUCGUGCACCUCGAUUUUUGCGGCUCCGCGCACUCGGGGCACUACGUCUCCUUCGUGAAACUCAACGACGACGUGACGUGGUGCAAGUGCGACGACGGGCGCGUCACGGAGACGGACGAGGCGACGGUAUUGAAGCAGAAGGCGUACCUGCUCUUCUACGAGCGCGAGCGCGUGCGCGAGGCG